GAAGCGGCCCCCACGUGAGGGGCGGGCGGCGGCGCGGAGGCUGCUGGGCCGGGCCGGAGCGGAGCCGAGCGGAGCCGUGCGGGGCGCGCCGCCUGCAGAGCGGGGCCGGUGCGGGGCGCGCCGGGCGGGGCCGCCGCAGCUAAUGAAAAUGGCUGAAAAUGGAGAUGGUGAAAACAUGUCUAUCUUGGAAAGCAAGAUCUGUCAGCAAAUUGAAUACUAUUUUGGAAAUCACAAUCUACCAAGAGACAAGUUCUUAAAGGAACAGAUCAAAUUAGAUGAUGGCUGGGUGCCUCUAGAAGUUAUGAUCAAAUUCAACAGGUUAAGUCGUCUGUCUAAAGAUUUUGGUGUUAUAGUAGAAGCACUAAGAAAAUCCAAGACUGGUCUAAUGGAAAUAAACGAAGACAAAACUAAAAUCAGGAGGUCUCCAAAUAAACCCCUUCCUGAAUUGAAUGACCAGUACAAGGCUGCAAUUAAAAACAGAUCAGUAUAUGUUAAAGGCUUUCCAGUAGAUGCAACUCUUGAUGAUAUCAAAGAAUGGCUUGAAGAUAAGGGUCCAGUUGAAAACAUUCAGAUGAGGAGAACUCUGCAGAAAACGUUUAAGGGAUCAAUAUUUGCGGUUUUUGAUAGUGUUGAAUCUGCUAAGAAGUUCACAGAAAUCCCAAACCAAAAGUACAAAGACACAGAGUUGAUAGUGCUUUUCAAGGAAGAGUACUGUACAAAGAAGAAUGAAGAAAGGAAACAAAACAAAGUAGAGGCCAAAGCAAGAGCUAAACAGGAAAAAGAAGAAAAGCUGAAAAAAGCAGCGGAUGCUGAGAUGAAAUCUCUAGAAGAAAAGACAGGAUGUCUUUUGAAGUUUUUUGGUGAUCUAGAUGAUCAAACGUGCAGAGAAGAUCUCCAUACAGUAUUUUCUGAUCAUGGAGAAAUCAAAUGGAUACACUUUGUAAGAGGUGCAAAGGAGGGAAUUAUCCUAUUUAAGGAUACUGCAAAAGAAGCUCUGGAAAAAGCCAAAGAAGCACAUAAUGGAAACUUACAGCUUCGGAACAAGGAUGUUACUUGGGAGUUGCUAGAAGGAGACGAAGAGAAAGAAGCUCUGAAAAAAAUAAUGGAAGAGCAGCAGGAACUGCUGAAACAGAAAACAAAAGGACGCAAACUCAAAGGAAAAGGAAGAGGGGGAAAGAUACCUCAAGGCGCACAAAAAGGGAAAGUACAGUUUCAGGGCAAGAAAAUAAAGUUUGAGGAAGAAGGUGAAGAUGAUACUAAAACAGAACCGGCAAGUCCUAAGAAGAGACCACUAGAGGAAAUGGAAGAAGAAGAACCUGCACCAAAACAACUGAAAACAGAAAAUGGAGCUGGAGAUCAGUAAUACUAAAAUAAAAAUAACUUUGUUUUUAUUAGUCCAUUUUAAAUAAGUUUUAAAGACAUGCUUCAGUUCAGGAGUUUCUUGGCAGAAAUCUAAUGAAAUCCACUUCAAUGUCAACCUGCAAUGAGAAGAGAGCUUCGUGGUGUUGGGUUACAGCUUUUUUUUUGUUGGUGUUGUCCUAAGCAGCAUGCUUACUUUUAAGAUGCCACUCUGGAGAAUUAUUUUGUAUUUAUAGUUUUGUUUAUACUGUCAGAUGCUCUCAACUUCUCUGGCUCCUCAUUCAAAUGUAAAAGUUUCCUGACUUUGUAACCUCGAAGUUAUAUUAAACAGCAGCUGCCAAUAAAUUCAGAACUUAAAACUGCUCA